UAUUGAGCGUGAACAGUAAUAACACGCCAGUCGCACGUGUUACAGUUCAUCGAGUUUUGUUACGAAAAUGUACAAGUUAAAUUAUCUACUAUUUGCCAGUGAAAUAAUAGCUGCGCUAUGCAUUUAUGAACAAAAAAAUUCUGACUUUGCCAAAAUCCUCCACCGACCAAUCCGCGCACUUUCUUAUCCGGAGUCCAGUAACAUGGGGAUUUUUUUUGCACUAGCGGUACCUCUACCAGACCCGAGUAAAUCCGUAUCAGUGUCGUACUUUUUUGAAGCGACUUACUCUUUGCCGGAAAACUCGACGGUGUUCGCACCUUGGAGCGAGGGCCUGAGACGCAAGCGAUCAAUAGAUCGUAAAACAAUUUAUCAGACUAUGGAAAAUAAAUUGAAGAGUUUUGGAUUUUCCGGGAGGUCUUGUUUAUUGCGAUCAAUAUGCGAGACUCUUAAAUUCGAUUUAAGCGACAAUGGAGUUAUCGGCGACAUCAUUAAUGUCAUAUUAACACCGUCGACUUCUCAACAGGAGAAUUUGCCGCAGGACAUUGUCGAGGCUGAACUAAUCGGACAAACUAGAAACUGCACAAAAUACCAUUGGAAUUGUCCCGUGGGGCUCUUGGACUUGAUUGGAAUCCUCGUGUAAAAUUCAACAACGAGCAGUGUUAAGCCCUCUCUAUCACUCGAUCACUCCUCCCUUCUCCCUGUCUCUCUUUAUGAUUUUUAUUUUUUAUUUUAUAUUUUUUACUUUUAUUUCUCUGUCGAAA